GAGAAGGGAAGAGAGAGAGAGAGAGAGAGAGAGAGAGAGAGAGAAUUUGGGUUUUAGUGCCUGAUUUCUCGGAAUUUUGUGCGUAGAUUGGUUGAAUUGGUCCACCAGAUCUGGGAUUUAUUUUGGGAAGAAGGGAUUGGGAGGUUUUUGGUAGUUUUUUUGACGUUUUUCUUGCGGUUUUUGGUCCAGGAUCGGCUGGAAACGGGUCUGGAAUUGGGGAGAUUGGUGAGGAGGUGUUGUUUUGGUUUGCCAGAUUGGAUUUGGAGUUGUUUGCAUGGAUUGCUGGGAAUUUGGAAGGAAAUGGUUGAUUUUUGGUGGGGGAUUGGUGGUAUUGGGGGAUUUCGGGGUGGAUGAUUGGUGUUUGAUGCUGCAUUGAUGGGAUUUGAAGGGAUUCUUUCGUUCUUCACAAUUUUGUUGGAAAAUUUCCUUUUUUUUUGAGAUUCCGGUGGAUUCAGCAAGUCAAAAUUGGUGAUUCUCUUUAUGGGUGAUCCGAGAUGUGCAGGCUAGAGAAGUGGCACAUGGGUUUGAAGGCGAAAGGGGAAGCGAAGGCGGAGAAAAGCAGAGGAUCCAUGGUUUCCAGGCCGAGAAUGAAGCUCUGGUUGAUCAGAGCUACUACUACGGUGCUUUUGUGGACUUGUGUUGUCCAGUUGACGGCCAUCGGAGAGAUGUGGGGGCCGAGAGUAUUGAAAGGGUGGCCUUCUUGCUUUACCCAUUCUGGUUUCCCCACUGGGAUUGAAAAGUCUUCUUCAGCCCUUUCCACUAUAAUUAGCAGAGAAAAUAUUGUGCUUCCACCAAAAAGAAUCUAUAAGAAUAAUGGUUAUUUGAUGGUUUCCUGCAAUGGAGGGUUGAAUCAAAUGCGAGCAGCGAUUUGUGACAUGGUUGCUAUUGCAAGAUACCUAAAUGUAACUCUGAUAGUACCAGAGUUGGAUAAAACUUCCUUCUGGAAUGAUCCUAGUGAGUUUCAGGAUAUUUUUGAUGUCGAUCAUUUUAUUACCUCGUUAAGGGAUGAGGUUAGGAUAUUGAAAGAAUUACCGCUGAGACUGAAGAAAAAGGUAGAGUUAGGAAUGCUCCAUUCCAUGCCUCCUGUUAGUUGGUCUGACAUCUCUUAUUAUAGUCAACAGAUUCUUCCAUUGAUACAUAAACACAAGAUAUUGCAUUUAAACAGGACAGAUACUCGGCUUGCCAACAAUGGUCUCCCUACAGAGAUUCAGAAACUUCGGUGCCGGGUAAACUAUAGUGCACUGAGGUUCACUCCUCAAAUUGAAGAAUUGGGAGCCAGAGUCAUUAAAAUGCUACGCCAAAAUGGACCCUUUCUGGUACUUCAUCUUCGAUAUGAAAUGGAUAUGUUGGCCUUUUCUGGCUGUACCCAUGGUUGCACCAAUGAGGAGGUGGAGGAUUUGACAAGAAUGCGCUAUGCAUAUCCUUGGUGGAAAGAGAAGGUUAUCAAUUCUGAUCUCAAGAGAAAAGAUGGUCUUUGCCCUCUAACGCCGGAGGAGACUGCCUUGGUUUUCCGGGCAUUAGAUAUAGAUCAGAAUGUCCAAAUAUAUAUUGCUGCUGGGGAAAUUUAUGGUGGACGUAGAAGGAUGGCUGCCCUCUCAUCUUCUUAUCCAAACAUUGUGAGAAAAGAGACCCUACUACAAGCUUCAGACCUUCAAUUUUUUCAGAAUCAUUCAUCCCAAAUGGCUGCAUUGGACUAUUUGGUCUCCUUGGAGAGUGAUAUCUUUGUUCCUACAUAUGAUGGGAACAUGGCCAGAGUUGUUGAAGGUCAUCGCAGGAUUUUAGGUUUUAAGAAGACUAUCCUAUUAGAUCGAAAGCUCUUAGUAGAUCUUAUAGAUCAGUACCAGGCCGGAUCUCUGAAUUGGGAUGAGUUCUCUGCUUCUGUGAAGGCAGCUCACGCGAAUCGAAUGGGAAUGCCUUCCCGAAGAAUUGUGCUUCCAGACAGACCCAAAGAAGAGGAUUACUUCUAUGCCAAUCCACAUGAAUGCCUCACACUCACUAUGCCAAAUGAUCGACAAACUGUGUGAAAUUCUCUUUCCUUACAAUGUGUUCUUAUAGAGCAUCAAUCUUCGAAUGUCAAUGCGGAGAUACAAAGGCUUAAAUGCCGACGGAGGAGGAAGCCGAAACUAAGAAUUGUCAAGCAGUUUGGGCUUGAUUAGUGGACUGCUGGAUACACAAGUUAUAAGCAUGAAUUGAUUUUUUUUUUUUCCUGAAAUAACUUGAUUCUUGUAUAGACGAUGAUUGAAAAGAGAUCGAGGAAAAAAAAAAAAGGAAAUUCGAGC